AUGAACUCAUUAUACAACCACGCCCUGAAGCAGGUCAACGCCCUGCAGCGGGACCUGGAUAAGUUCCAAACCGGCGAAGACACCAGUGCCGCCCUACAGGGUCAGAUUACCGCUACCGUCAACGCCUUCAAGAGAUCCAUUGACGACUACGACACCAUGGCCAAAAAGGAGAUGAUUGACGCUAAACGGGAGAAGGCAUUCGCACGUGUGACAAAGUUCCGCGAGGACUAUGAUGCCAUCAACAGGAGUUUUGCACAGCUGAAGAGCCGAGAGGAGCAGCUUUCACAUGGAAGGAAUCGUACACAGUUGCUGGAGAGAAGACAAUCGCGGGUGAAUGUCCCAGUGGAACAUCCUUACCAGGCAACAUCUGGCUCACCUUACUUGCAACAGGCACAUGCGAUGAGGGAACGCGACUUUGCUCAGAGGACCGGAAUGCAGCUCGACGAUAUGUUGCACCAAGGAAAGGCAGCCCUCGACAACCUCUAUCAACAAAAGACUAUGCUCAAGUCGACUCAACGCAAGAUGCUGGAUGCUGCGAAUACCCUGGGCCUGUCCCGCAAUGUGAUCCAACUGAUUGAGCGCAGGAGCAGUGAAGACAAGUGGAUCUUUUACGCCGGUGUCUGCGUUACCUUGUUGGCUUUGUGGGCCAUCGUCCACUACCUCACUUAA